CGGCACCUGGAGGAACGUCGCUCGAGGGGAGGUGCAAGUGUGUAGGCCAAUGAGGGAGGGCCCGGGCCCGUGGCCUCACGGAGUCAGACCUCUUGUGGGAAGAGCACCAAGUUGUCCCUCCCGAGCUGCUCAAGCCCCACUGAUGACGGAGGAGAGGGAGGAGGAUGCCGAUGAGGAAGGCUGGCUGCAGCUUCGGCCGGUGGAGCCCUUGCCCUCCCAGUGCUGUGGCAGUGGCUGCUCACCUUGUGUGUUUGACCUCUAUCACCGAGAGCUGGCAAGGUGGGAGGCAGCCCGAGCCAGCAAGGACAGGAGCCUGCUCAGUGGGGAGGAGUCCCAGAGCUGCCCAUCCAAGCUGAGCCCAGAGACCUUCCUGGCCUUCCGCAUCAGUGCCGUGGACAGACUCACCGAGGACACUUACUGUGUUCGGUUUGCACUACCCAGGAACUGCCAGUUCAGCCUGCGGCCUGGCCAGCACCUCAUCCUACGAGGGAAGGUGGAUGGCUUAGAAAUUCAGAGAGCCUAUACGCCCAUCAGCCCUGCCAACGCAGAAGGAUACUUUGAAGUUUUAAUCAAGUGCUACCCGACCGGGUUGAUGUCCCGGUACGUCAAGUCCUGGGGCACAGGACACACAGCUUUCUGGCGAGGACCUUUCGGCGAUUUCUUCUAUAAAGCAAACCAGUACGGUGAGCUCCUCAUGCUAGCUUCAGGCACUGGCCUGGCCCCCAUGGUGCCCAUCCUGCAGAGCAUAACAGACAAUGCAGAGGACGAGACCUUUGUCACCCUGGUCGGCUGCUUUAAGACCUUUGAGGGCAUCUACCUGAAGACCUUCCUCCAGGAGCAGGCCCGUUUCUGGAACGUCCGAACCUUCUUUGUCCUCAGCCAGGAGAACUCCCUGGAGAAGCUUCCCUGGAGUUACCGGGAGAAGACCUGCUUUGGCCGCCUGGCCCAGGGCCUGAUUGAAGAGCUGGUUGGCUCCUGUCGCAGAAAGCCAUUUGCAUUGGUCUGUGGCUCAGCGGAGUUUACCAAGGACAUGGCCAGGUGCCUGCUGUGCGCAGGCCUGGCCAAGGACUCCUACUACCUCUUCUAGCCCUGGCCUCCCUUUCAAAGCCCAGGCCAGGGUCCUGCCACUAGAACACUGGAAGAAGCACAGACUGGAGUCAGAAGACAUGGAGCGCAGGUCUGAGGCCCCAUCGCUCACUGGCCGGGUAACCUUAGGUGAAUGUCUUUACCUCUGUGCACCUGCAGCUCUCCCCUACCUCACAAGGUUGCCAACUCCCUCAGGCAGACAUCUUGCUGUGUGGAGGAAGAUGAGGCUGCAGGAGCCCCAGGGAGGGGGCAUGGGAGUCCGGGAGGACUCCGGGGAGAAAGCCUGGUCCAUGCCAAGCCCAGGAUGAGUAGGAACCGGCAGGAGGAGGUGCAGGAGGAGCUUCCCAGGUGCCUCAGAUUGGAGGGCUUGGGGACUCCCAUCCCACCCUGCCCUAGAAAUGCCUGCUCUAAAACCUGCUUUCCCUGGAAGCUGCGUGUCCCUGCUGUGGCCUCAGGGUUGGCUCAGAUGCAUUGCUUGCGGAGUGUUUAGGGAAUGACCAUAGGGGGUAGCUAAGAGCUGUUUGGAGGAGGAACUUGCCUUAUGUAUCUCCUGUGCCUCAAGCCUGACACAGCGGUCUCAGGUUCUGUGACCUGAUCACAUUCUCUGGGCAAGGUGGGCCCUGGACUACCUUUAUUUUGUACUGGGCCCAGGCCUUUCCUGCUGCAAACAGCUUCGCUCUCAGUCUCCCCUUCCCUGGCUCAAGAGGCCCAUUCCAGAGUCCUUUCCUGAGCAAAAGAGGUACAGAAACGAACACCCCCUCCCUCCUGUAGGCAGCCAGCUCAGCCCGCCUUCAGCUCAGGAGCCCUGGUGACGGUUGCUAUGGAGAUCUAAAGGAUAGAGCAGGAGUCAGGAGACCUGGGUCCCUCUCCCUGCUCUGCCCACUGAGCCACUGCUGAUUCCGCUCCACCCCCACUGCCCUCCCACCGCGUCCCUCCAUCCUGCGUGGGGCAAGCCCUCCCCUCGGACCUGGCGCUCCAUAAUGAAUCCUGCUUUCCACUGCCUGGCCUCCACCGUGCUGCCUCAGCUGGGGCUGGCUGCGGGCGCUCCCGGAAUUGGAAUAGUAAGCCAUGAAAUCUCAGAAUCAGAGGACCAUGGACUCAGUUAGAACUUUAUGGUCGUGAAAUCGCAGCCCUCCUCACACCAGAGAUAAAGUCCGGGACUCCAGAAGCCAUCCCGUCUAUUAGACUCAUUGUGCGAACGGGGACAGCCAGGCCCAUGAGGCGAAGAGACGUGCCCAAGGUCAAACAGUUUGCUGCAGAGCUGGCAUGAGAAGCCAGGUCCCCUGAUGGCGCCUGUAUGGAGAGUUGAGGUAACCGGUGAUUUUCACACCGGGCUCCAUAGGACACUAGGGUUCCGGGCAAGGCAGCAGUGAGGGGACAGCCACGCGGGGUCUCCAGGCUCCCUGCAACUAGAGCAGUUUUGUGUUCAUCCCAUUAAUAUAUCGGGGUUUGCGGUCACCUCCAUUUGUGAGAGGGUUUUCCUGCAUGGCCCAAAAAGUUGCAGGCACAUCUCCAAGCUGGGCCAUGUCCAGGAAAUAACCCUGGUGGGCAUCUGGGGGUGCCAGAGGUUUCACACUCAGACUUAGGGGUGGUAGGGAGUCCCCACGUAAGAAAUGAGGGUCUGGGGCGGUUCUUUUGUGUCUUUGUCCCAUUUUGUAUGUUGGGUGUUUAGACAUUAGACACAGCCACUCACUGAUAACCAUCAGCCCCUCUUGUCCUAGAACGUGCCAGCCUCCCCUCCCCUCACCUCACAGGGCGUCCAGACAGUCUGGGUACAGUGGGGUCUCUUAUCAUGGGACGAUGGUGAAGACCCAGCCAUGCCCUUGAUACCAGUAUGCCAAAAGGCUCGUAUCAUCCAGAGACUGGAAAGCUCCUGCCUUGCAAGAUGGUAAGCUAGCCUUAGAAGGGGACCGGCUGGGGUGUGUGAGGAUGGACUGUCUGAAUUGGAGGCAAGGCUCUGUCGGCUAGCCAGUUCUGCCCAUCCCUCCUGAUGAAGCCACACCUACUGCAUGGCAUUGGGGGGGGGCAUGCCAUCGGGGUGAUGGCAGCCAAAGGACGCCCGCCUGAGUUUGGCCCCCCUCAGUAUUUUGCCUGCAGCUCUUCUGUGUUCCCCCUCGCUGGUCUCCCAGCCUCUCCCCUCACGCCCUCCAUACUGCCGCCAGACCUGGUUUUGCAACUCUGAUAGGAACACUUAAUAGGGGAGAGAGGAGGAGCAAGAUGGCGGAGGAGUAGGAGACCUAAAUUUUCGUCUGGUCCCAGGAAUUCAGCUGAAUAGGGAUCAAACCAUUCUGAACACCUACGAACUCAACAGGAGAUCGAAGAAAAGAAUAGCAGCAACUAUCUGAACAGAAAAGGGACCACUUUCUGGAAGGCCUUUGGAGCCUGUGCAUGGUCCAACUGCUAUUCAUCCUUCAAGUCCCACCCUAGAUGCCUCUUCCUCCAGGAAGCCUUCCCUGACUUUUCCAGGACAGUUUAAGAGCAUUUCAUCUAGGCUCCCACAACCCCUCUCCAUUCUCUAGAAAAAAAUUAAACCUCAUCACACUAAAAAAAAAAAAAAAAAAAAAAAAAAAAAAGAACACUUAACAUGAGAGCUAUCCUCCUAACAGAGUCUGUGCACAGUACAUUAUUGUUGACCGGAGGUGCAGUGUUGAACAGCAGAUCUCCUGCUGAUCUGAGCCUGUCACUCCCUUGCUGAAAAUCCUUCAGUGGCUCCCUGUUGCCCUAGGACACAGCGUCGCAGCCCUGCCUGCCUCUCCAAACUUACUUUCUAUCCUUGGCCCCUCGCCCCCAGCUCUCAGGUUUUGCCCCAGCACUCUUGCUCCCGCAUCAGUAUGACCCUUCCCAUUUGCUGCCCUCUGGGUCUGGGCCGUCCUCCCCGCCCUCCCCUCUUCUACUCGCCUUGGGCUCCUCAUCCUCUGAGGACUUACUCGGCUCACUAUCCCUUCCUCUCUGAAGCCACGCCUGCCUCCACCGCUGCAGGCCAAGUUGGCCAGCAAGUUCUUGUGCAUCCUGCUGCGGCGGCGUCUCUGACUGCCUCAUUCGCAGGUGAGCACAUCAUGGGGCUGUCCUGGGGCCUGUGCAUUGUGUCCCCAGUGUGGGAGUGUGCUCAGCACAUCCUGAAUGUUGAAUACCCACAUAAUAAACAGGGAAUAUACAUGGAGUACUUUACAGUUUGCAAAAUGCAUCUCCUCUAUGUUGAAGCACCGUACCGUCCC